UGCACCGCAGCGGGCGUGCGCGCUCAGGGGAGCGGGGUGCUUUCCUCGGGCCACCACAGGGGCACGUCCGGCCAGGACCCCUAGGCCGACGCCCUGAGUCUUUGCCUGGGGGCGCCCGGGGAGGGUCCGUCGGUUGGGUCAGCCCCGCAAUGGGCUGUGCGUGUCUCCAGCCUCCGCAGACACCGAGGUGGGGGGCGAGGGGUGGAGAAGGGCACCGGCAGCCAGGGUGGGGGCUGCGGUUGGAACUCUCCCGGCGCGAGACCCCCAUCACUCCCCACGUCCUGGAGCGUGACCCCGAGAGGCCUGAGGCGGCUGGGUCCGUUGGGGGCAGCACCAUGGAGGAGAAGCCUUUCAAAGUGUCGGUCAAGCCUCAGGAGCGCCGGAGCUCCGGCCGGGCGAGCCCUCAGGACGACAUCCGGAACCUGUGGACCACGGCCACGCUGUCGCAGUCGCAGCUGAACCUGCCGCUGGCCGAGCUCUGCGAGAGCUUCGACGAGGGCGGAGCCGUGCGCCACGCGGCGGCCGCCUGGCUGGAGAGCCGGUGGGAGCUGGGCGAGCAGGGGGCCGCCCAGCCCGACGGGGCCAGCGUCGAGUCCGAGGCGCUGGAGCAGGAGCUGCGCCGCGAAAGCUCCCUGGAAAGCUGCUUGGAGGAGGGCGACGAGUCCAGGACCACGACGGAGUCUUCACUGGUGUCGGUUCCACGUGUCUCCAGGCACACCCCCCACCGAGCCUACUGGACAGAGCAGCAGAACAGGCUGCCGCUGCCCCUGGUGGAACUCAUGGAGAACGAAGCCCUGGAGAUCCUCACCAAGGCCCUCCACAGUGAGCCCCCGACGCCACCAGCGCCCGCAAAAGGUUCUGGUGGAUUCCGCGGGGUGUUGCAGGCUGUGCUCCAGGCCCCGGCAGACCCCCGAGCCCCACACAAGUUCAAAGCUACCGGCGGGACAUCGGCAGGGAGCACUUCCUGACCAAGGAGCUGAAGCGAUACAUCGAAGGGCUCAAGAGGCGCCGGAGCAAGAGGUUCCAGGUCUCGGUGAACUGAGACACACACCGCCCGGCUCAGGAGGGGCGGCCUGCCCCCGCCCUCCCCGGCCCCCAGCCCGACCCCGACCCCGAAUGUGUAGAACUCGAGCCCGAAAGCAAUAAAAGAGUCUGCACGUGCGAGAAA